GGCGCGGCGGGCACGAUGCCUUUCCUUCCGGAGGCGGGGGCGGCGGGGCGCGCGGUGGCCCUGGCCCUGGUGCUGCUGCUUCUCGCCGUCGUGUCAGCGGGCGCCGGCGCCCUGUUCCGCCUGCAGCCCGGCAUGCCCAACGUGUGUGCGGAGCGGGAGCUGACCCUGGUGGGCCGUCGCCAGCCCUGCGUGCAGGCCUUCAGCCGAAAGGUGCCCGUGUGGAGGCCGGGCUGCGGGCGGCAGGCCUGGUGUGUUGGCCACAAACGCAGAACCGUCUACUACACGGGCUACAGGCAGGUGUACGCCACGGAGGCCCAGACCGUGUUGCGGUGCUGCCCGGGGUGGAACCAGCAGCCCGGAGACCAGGGCUGCCUCUCCCCCCAGUGCAGCCUCGGCCUCUGCUUUAACGGCGGCCACUGCGUGCCCGACUCGGCCCAGCUGUGCCACUGUCCCCGCGGCUUCCACGGUCCCCGCUGUCAGCAUGAUGUGGACGAGUGCCAGGUGCACAACGGCGGCUGCCAGCACAGGUGUGUGAACACGCCAGGCUCCUACCUCUGUGAGUGCAAGCCCGGCUUCCGGCUCCACGCGGACGGCAGGACCUGCCUGGCCAUCAACUCCUGCGCCGUGGGCAAUGGCGGCUGCCAACACAACUGUAUUCAGCUCACGGUGACCCAGCACCGCUGCCAGUGCCGGCCCGAGUUCCAGCUGCAGGAGGAUGGCAAGCGCUGCACCCGGAGAAACCCGUGUACGGACUGGAACGGCGGCUGCAUGCACACGUGCCGGGUGCUCCGGGGCCUUGCCCACUGCGAGUGCCAUGCAGGAUACUGGCUGGCAGCGGACCGCAAGGCCUGCGAAGAUGUGGAUGAAUGUGCCACAGGCCUGGCCCAGUGUGCCCACGGCUGCCUCAACACUCAUGGGUCCUUUAAGUGUGUAUGCAACGCAGGCUACGAUCUGGGUGCCGAUGGUCGGCAGUGCUACCGGAUCGAGAUGGAGAUAGUGAACAGCUGCGAGGCGGACAACGGCGGCUGCUCCCAUGGCUGCAGCCACAGCAGCACAGGGCCCGUCUGCACCUGCCCCCGCGGCUACGAGCUGGACGAGGACCAGAGGACGUGCAUUGAUGUCGAUGACUGUGCCGAUUCCCCGUGCUGCCAGCAGGUUUGCACCAAUAGCCCUGGCGGCUACGAGUGCAGCUGCUAUGCCGGCUACCAGCUUGGCGCCGACGGCUGCGGCUGUGAGGACGUGGACGAGUGCGCCUCCGGCCGUGGUGGCUGCGAGCACCGCUGCACGAACCUGGCCGGCUCGUUCCGGUGCUCCUGCGAGGACGGCCACCUGCUGGACGAGGACCGCCGGGGCUGCAGCCCCCUGGAGGUGCCCGAGGUGGGCCUGGACGGCCACCUGCCCCUUGUGCGGCCCCUCCCGCACGUGGCAGUGCUCCAGGACGAGCUGCCCCACCUCUUCCAAGAUGACCACGUCGGGGCCGAGGCGGAGGAGGAGGAGGAGGCGCGGGGCGAGCACACGUUGGAGGAGAAGUUUGUCUGCCUGGACGACUCCUUUGGCCCAGAUUGCAGCUUGACCUGCGCUGACUGCAGGAAGGGGGGGACCUGCCUCCCCAGCCGGCGUGGCUGUGACUGCCCCGACGGCUGGACCGGGCUUGUCUGCAAUGAGGCUUGUCCCCCAGACACCUUUGGGAAGAACUGCAGCUUCUCCUGCAGCUGUCAGAACGGCGGGACCUGCGACCCUGUGACAGGGGCCUGCCGCUGCCCUCCGGGUGUCAGUGGAGCCCACUGUGAGGACGGCUGCCCCAGAGGCUUCUACGGCAAGCACUGCGGUAAGAAGUGCCACUGUGCCAACCGGGGCCGGUGCCACCGCCUCUACGGGGCCUGCCUCUGCGACCCGGGGCUCUAUGGCCGCUUCUGCCACCUGGCCUGCCCGCCGUGGGCCUUCGGGCCGGGCUGCUCGGAGGAGUGCCAGUGUGAGCAGCGGAACACGCGCGCGUGUGACAGGAGGGACGGCAGCUGUGCCUGCAAGGCGGGCUUCGGGGGCGAGCGGUGCCAGGACGAGUGCCAGCCGGGCUUCUUUGGGCCAGGCUGCCGGCAGGCGUGCACCUGCCCCCCGGGCGUGGCCUGUGACCCUGUCAGCGGCCAGUGUGGGAAGCAGUGUCCUGCCGGCUACCAGGGGGAGGACUGCGGCCAAGAGUGCCCGGCCGGGACGUUCGGCAGGAACUGCCCAGGCUCCUGCUUCUGUGAGGGGGCGCCCUGCGACCGGGUCACCGGGCAGUGCCUGUGCCCUCCUGGGAGGACCGGGGCUGACUGUGGGGCAGAUUGUCCUGAGGGUCGCUGGGGGCUCGGCUGCCAGGAGAUCUGCCCGGAGUGCGAGCACGGUGCCUCCUGUGAGCCUGAGACCGGAGCCUGCCUGUGCCGCCCCGGCUUCAUGGGCAGCCGCUGCCAGGACACUUGCCCAGCAGGCUGGUUUGGGCCCAGCUGCCAGAUGCGAUGCUCCUGCAUCAACGACGGGCUCUGCCACCCGGUGACUGGCCGCUGCAGCUGCGCCCCGGGGUGGACCGGCCUCAGCUGCCAGAGAGCCUGUGACAGCGGCCACUGGGGACCCGACUGCAGCCACACCUGCAACUGCAGCGCAGGCCACGGGAGCUGCGACGCCGUCAGCGGCCUGUGUCUGUGUGAGGCCGGCUAUGUGGGCCCGUGGUGCGAGCAGCGGUGUCCCCAGGGCUACUUUGGGCCGGGCUGUGGCCGGCAGUGCCUGUGUGAGCACGGGGCAGCCUGUGACCAUGUCAGCGGGGCCUGCACCUGCCCGGCCGGCUGGAGGGGAACCUUCUGUGAGCGCGCCUGCCCGGCCGGCUUCUUUGGAGUGGACUGCCACCGCGCCUGUGACUGCAGCACCGGGGUGCCCUGCGACGCCGUGAACGGCUCCUGCCUCUGCCCUGCUGGCCGCCGGGGCCCCCGCUGUGCCCAGACUUGCCCAGCCCACACGUACGGCCACAACUGCAGCCAGGCCUGCUCCUGCUUUAAUGGGGCCUCCUGUGAUCCUGUCCAUGGGCAGUGCCGCUGUGGCCCUGGCUGGAUGGGGCCCACCUGCCUACAGGCUUGUCCCGCGGGCCUCUACGGCGAGGACUGUCAGCAUUCCUGCCUCUGCCAGAACCAGGGCACCUGUGACCCUGUCUCAGGCCAUUGCACCUGCCCAGAGGGCUGGGCUGGGCUGGCCUGUGAGAAGGAGUGCCUCCCGGGGUUCUUCGGAGCCGGCUGCCAGCACGUCUGCGGGUGCCUCCACGGCGGCCUCUGUGACCGGCACACGGGCCACUGCCUCUGCCCGGCCGGCUGGACCGGGGACAAGUGCCAGAGCUCCUGUCCCAAGGGCGCGUUCGGGGUUCGCUGUGAGGAGCACUGUGCCUGCCGGCGGGGGGCCACCUGCCACCACGUCACCGGGGCAUGCCUCUGCCCGCCGGGAUUGAGGGGCUUGCGGUGUGAGAAUGCCUGCCCGCCCGGCUGGUUUGGAGAGGCCUGUGCCCAGCGCUGCCAGUGCCCACCCGGCGUUGCCUGCCACCACGUCACCGGGGAGUGUCACUGUCCCCCAGGCUUCACUGGGCCCAGCUGUGAGCAGGCCUGCCCGCCCGGUGCCUUUGGGGAGAGCUGUGGGCAGAAGUGCCAGUGCCCCAGCGAGAACCAGGCCUGCCACCCUGCCUCGGGGGCCUGCGUGUGUGCCGCUGGCUACCACGGUGCCGGCUGCCAGCAGCGGUGCCCGCCUGGGCGGUUCGGGCCCGGCUGUGAGCAGCUGUGUGGGUGUCUCAACGGGGGCUCCUGUGACGCGGCCACAGGGGCCUGCCACUGCCCCUCUGGGUUCCUCGGAAGCGACUGCGGCCUCGCCUGUCCACACGGCCGCUUCGGCCCCCGCUGUGCCCGCGUGUGCGGGUGUGGGCAGGGGGCGGCCUGUGACCCCGUGACCGGCACCUGCUCCUGCCCCCCCGGGAGGACCGGCAUCCACUGUGAGCACGGUUGCCCCCAGAACCGGUUUGGUGCAAACUGUGAGCACGUGUGCUCCUGCAGAAAUGGGGGCCUGUGUCACGCCGCCAACGGCAGCUGCUCCUGCGGCCUGGGCUGGACGGGGCUGCACUGCGAGCUGGCCUGCCCCGCUGGGCGCUACGGUGCCGCCUGCCGCCUGGAGUGCUCCUGCCGCAACCAUGGCGCCUGUGAGCCCUCGUCGGGCGCCUGCCACUGUGGCCCCGGCUUCUAUGGCCAGGCCUGCGAGCACCCCUGUCCCCCUGGCUUCCACGGGGCUGGCUGCCAGGGGACGUGCAAGUGUCAGCACGGCGCCCCCUGCGACCCCGUCAGUGGCAGGUGUCUCUGCCCUGCCGGCUUCCACGGCCAGUUCUGCGAGAAGGGGUGUGAGCCGGGCUCAUUUGGAGAAGGCUGCAGCCAGCAGUGUGACUGCGAGGAUGGGGUGCCCUGUGACCCCGUCACCGGCCACUGCCUGUGCCCCCCGGGGCUCACGGGGGCCACCUGUGACCUGGGCUGCAGAAGGGGCUUCUUCGGGCCAGGCUGUGCCUUGCGCUGCUCCUGCGGGGGUGGGGCUGACUGCGACGCUGUCAGUGGGCAGUGCCACUGCGUGGACGGCUACAUGGGGCCCAUGUGCCAGCAGGGUGGGCCCUCCCAGUUCCCCGAGACCGCAUCCCCAGCCCUGGGCCCAGGUAAGGGGGCCGGGGGCAUCCCCGCAUUGCCAGGAGGGUGGCAUUUGGUGGCAUCGCGUGUUCGUUACCAGCAGACUAAGGCCAGAGGAGGGACGAGGAUUGGGCACUUGCGUGGGAUCUGGGCCCCACUGGGUGGCGGGCAUUCCAGAACCUGGACCUCAGAGGUGAGGCAUGGGGGGCAGCUGGGGAGCAGCGGCUGGGCUGUCCCCCCCCUCUGUCGGGCUGGAGCUGGAAGGACAGGAGGGGAGUCCUGA